AUGGGCAUCUAUGAAGAACGAGCGGAACAGGUGGAACCGAAGCAGAAGCUGUUAAGUUGGAGGACAAAGUUUGCAGAGUCCAGAAAGACGCGCCCGGUUGAGCUUCUUUUUGCUAUCGGAGGCUUGAGCCCCAUCGGCAACGUGAGUGGCAUAGAGUGUUACAACCCGCUGGAACACGAAUGGAGAAUUUUGGGUCCCGUCUCCAGGCAUCGGAGCGGAGCUGGUGUGGCCGCUCUGAACGGCUCCAUCUACGCCGUGGGUGGGCAUGACGGUCUGGUGUGCCUCAGCAGCGUUGAGAGGUAUGACCCGGAAAUCAACGAAUGGAAGAGGGAUGUGGCCUCGCUCAGCGUGCCCAAACAAGACAUCGCCGUGGCUGAGCUGGGAGGCUACCUCUACUGCGUGGGGGGCCACGAUGGACUUCUCUGCAUCAACACUGUGGAGAGAUACGAUCCUCUCGUGAACAAGUGGUGUAAAGUCGCACCCAUGAAUCAUCGCCGGAGGGGCCUUGGUGUAGCGGUCCUGGACGGUUACCUUUACGCCGUCGGCGGAUCUGACGGCCGGUCGCCGUUAUAUUCAGUGGAGCGUUACGAUCCCGUGGAAGACCGAUGGACCCCUUGCGCUCCCCUGCGGAGUUGUCGGGAGAACCUGGGGGCGGGAUGA